ACUUUUUAGUUAUUUACAAGAUUACCAAGGCGUAGAAUUAUCUCGUUUCCUGUAAUUUGAAGUCCGGUUCCAAUAUUCUGUUCGGCUUCAGAUCUCCUCUCUCUCCGGCGGCCGCGCGAUCCUCCGUAACCAUCGCCGUCGUCAUCGCCAACGUCCUCGGCUCACUCUCCUGCAUUAGCGUUGGAGAAUCCAAGGGGAAUCAUCAAGCCGCAGGAGACUACCACUUAACGUGUCAAGCGAUUUGAAGAAGCACCACACGCGGUGACCCUGAACAAAAUUGCUUAUUGGACUCUGAAAACCUCAGAAUCCUCACUGAUCUAUUUUUUCAGGCAACAAAACCCUUAAAUUAUCAUAAUGGAAAUAGCAGACAGGGCUGUUGGGUUCUUGUUGUCCUUUAUCAGCCUAUCCAUAUUCACUUAUUACACCUUUUGGGUCGUCAUUCUGCCAUUUGUGGACAGCGAUCACUUUAUUCACAAAUACUUUCUUCCACAAGAAUAUGCCCUUCUCAUUCCUGCAUUUGCCGGCGUGGUGCUACUCUGCUUCUUGUCUGUCUUUAUCGGGCUCGUGAUGCUCAAGUCCAAGAAGAAGAAAGCAUGAUCCUGGUUCUGCUGCAGUUUUUGAAUUGAUUUUGAUGUAGUAUAGCCCUUUUCGACUGGACUUCUUAUAGUUUUUAGAUGAAAUAAGCUGUUUGGAUUUCACUGUGGUUGCAUAGGUUCAUUCUGAUUGCAGGUUUGACAUGUUAAAGCCAAACCCAAUCUUCUGUGUGUCAAAAACUGAGAAAUAUGCUUAGGCUUUGUUUGGGAUAGUAAUGGAAUGGAAUGAAAUGAAAUGAAAUGAAAUGUGAAAUAGUUUCUCUUU